CAUUUGGUCUCUACUGGUACAGUACAGAAGGGAUUCGGAUCGAAGUAUCAUCGGAUUGGGGUUUUCCGCAUAAGAUCGGCAAUCGGAAGUGGCUUCGUCGGUAAAAAAACUGACCUCUAUAUUCCGGCGAGAAAGCACGACUUAGAAGGCGGCUGCUGCUUCUUCUUCUUAUUAGGGUUUUGUGUGAGCUUCUGUAAUUAGUUGACGGUUCAGUCACUGUUAUAUGAACCUUAUCCUAUCAAGCCCUAAUCUCAUGGACCAAAAACUACUUCUUUCAUCACAAGGAGCAAGUCUUACUGCUCCUUCACCCCCUUUUCUGUCUUGUUCGUUCUCUUCUCCUAGUAAGGCCUUCACCUCCGUCAACAGCCGUCUCUCCUUUCCCACUCUGUCGUCACCUGACACCUCAUUCCUUGGUCAAAAGCUCAUCUUGGGGAAGAAGACGCUUCCAUUUCAGGCGGAUAGGCGACGGCCUUUUUGUCCGAUAGAAGCGGCUGUUAAAUGGAGAAAAGAGAUUCCCUUCGAUAACGUUAUCCAGCGUGACAAGAAGCUGAAGCUGGUGCUCAAGAUCAGGAACAUCCUCGUGAACCAGCCUGAUCGAAUAAUGAGUCUUAAGCAUCUGGGUAAGUUCAGAAGAGAUCUUGGUCUGACCAGAAAGCGCAGAUUCAUUGCUCUUUUGAAGAGAUUUCCGGCUGUUUUUGAGAUUGUUGAGGAAGGAGUUUACUCUCUCAGGUUCAGGAUGACACCUGAAGCUGAACGGGUUUAUUUGGAGGAGCUGAGAGUCAGGAAUGAGAUGGAACAGUCUGGUAUUGUGAAGCUCAGAAAAUUGCUAAUGAUGUCUUUGGACAAGAGGAUUCUCUUGGAGAAGAUCACACAUUUGAAGAAUGAUCUUGGUCUUCCACCAGAGUUCAAGGAGACAGUUUGUCGGAGGUACCCUCAGUAUUUUAAGCUCGUGGCAACCGAUCGUGGUCCAGCUCUCGAGUUGACUCACUGGGAUCCAGCUCUGGCCGUCUCAGCCGCUGAGCUGGUCGAAGAAGAGAGGAGGAUUAGGGAGGUGGAAGAGAGAAACUUGAUUAUAGAGAGAACUCCCAAGUUUAGAAUGGUGAAACUUCCUAGAGGCUUAAAUCUUUCUAGGGGUGAGGCAAAGAGAAUUUCUCAUUUCAGGGAAAUGCCUUAUAUAUCUCCUUACUCAGACUUCUCACACUUGAGGUCUGGCACCCCUGAGAAAGAAAAACAUGCAUGUGGUGUGGUUCAUGAAAUACUAAGUCUCACGCUUGAGAAGAGGACAUUAGUGGAUCAUUUGACCCACUUUAGGGAAGAAUUCAAUUUCUCCCAACAGUUGAGGGGAAUGUUGAUCCGGCAUCCGGAUAUGUUUUACGUGUCCUUGAAGGGGGACAGGGAUUCCGUGUUUCUUCGUGAAGCCUAUCGUGGCUCGCAAUUGGUUGAAAAACAUAGGUUAUUGCUGUUGAAAGAGAAGAUGCGUGCUCUUGUUGCCGUCCCAAGAUUCUCGAGAACCCCAAGAAUGGCGAUUGUCGAGACAGACAAUAACGCAGCAUUGGAGGAAGACGACGAUGAUGAAGUUGAUUCUAAAGGAUGGUCUGAUGUGGAUGACAUCUUAGCAGAGGCUGAUGAGUCAGGAGAUGAGUUUGAUGAAGAUGAUUGGAGUGAUGAAGAAGAUGAAAACCCUCCGGAUUUUGAUGAUAUUGAUAACUUAAAUUUUAAAGAAAAGGAAGUGGAAGCUGAUGAUGCUCCUAAAAAAUCUGGAGACAAAGAAUUUGUUCCUGCAUUUCCGGAUGGCAGUCCUAGAGAACGUUGGUAAUGGUUGUUUAAAAUAGAUUUUUUGUUUGCAUGAAGGACGACCUAUGAGAGAGGAAGGAAAGGGAAGGUGCAAUCUUUUUGUUUAAUCAUCCAUCGGCAUAUGUAAAUGCGUACAUAAU